AUGUGUGUGUCGGCGUCAAGCGAUGCGACCGUUAGAAUGUGGAAUCUGAAGACGUGUGAAUGUGUGAACACGUUUCGAGUGGCUGGUGAAAUCCCGAUUAACAGUGUACAUCCGAUACCAAAAUCUGAUAAUCAGUUUGUGGUGUGCAAUCGGUCGAAUACGGUGGUUGUGGUGAAUAUCAGAGGACAGAUUGUUAAAACGCUGACAUCAGGAAAACGUGAAAAAGGUGAUUUCAUUGGAUGUACUCUAUCGCCACGAGGCGAGUGGAUCUAUUGUGUGGCUGNGGCAAUCUGGAGAUUACACGAUGAAGCUGUACACGGUCUAUGUCAUCAUCCACAUCAGAAUUUGAUUGCAUCCUACGCGGAAGAUGGAUUGCUGAAGUUGUGGAAACCAUGA